AUGCAUGCUGGUAACAUAACUAUUGCUGCACUUGUUCUACAAUUACUUCAAAUUAAUGAAGGAAUGCUUAUUGAAGAUCCAACUAAUACUAGACUUCUUGAUGCGAGAUCGAACGUAGCAAAAACGGACCUGACAUUUAUGAAAGAAGACGAUUUAGUUCCAUUCGGCGUUGAUCUUGCGGACUGUCGAAAUUGGGCCGAUCCGAAUGGUACAAAUUGUAAUGCUUACACAGGUGACACGUUAUGUAGUACAGAACUGCCUGUGCUUUGCGUCAAGCUAGACAAUUCACCUCGGUCAUCUUUUCUUGUAUUGGGCAACGGUGCUGCAAUGCCAGUGUAUUUUUACGUUGGUUGGAAUCGUGGACAUAUCGCCACCACAUUAUCAGUAACAGGUUCCAAAUUUGCUCGUCGAACUGAUAUUGAUAUGUUCUGUGCUAACUCUUUUGGCAAUAUAAACAGACAAUUUUAUUGUAUGUAUUGUAAUCAUUCAUCUACAGAAGGUCCACAACAAAAUAAGUUUUUAAUAAAUUUAUUAUGGGAACACUUUAAUGAAAAAUAUGAUGUUGAUUUAUUAUCUACCAUAGAUAUUAUGCCAGGAACAUUGUCAAAUGAUAUUUCAUGUCGAAUAGAUCAUAUUCAAUGUUUAAUAGAAACUUUAAAACAAAGAAAACCAAAUAUGUCUUCCAUUCCUGGAGAUAUACAGAUAGGCCUUAUUGGCGAAACAAGUGUAGGCAAAACUUCACUAUUGAUUCAUCUAAGAAACAUUGAUUAUUAUGACACAGACAAUUCAAAAACAGAAAUAACUAUAGACAGGAGAAUUCUUUCUCCCGUUCGUGUUGGUAAAAGUACAUUAUGCCAACUCGAAUUCGACCAUCAGUAUAUUGAUGGAACAGAGGCUAUCUUUGUUGAUAUUGAAGGAUCAACUGAUUAUGACACUGAUCUAGAAUCAGGAAAUUAUUUCGAUGAAAUACGAAAAGCAGAUUGUGAUUUAUAUAUAUUGGUAUUUGACAACAGAUUUGCGGAUAUGCAUAAAAAUUGGCAUAAUUAUAUUGUAAACGAAUUAAAACGUGAAUGUUGGUUAGUACGAAAUAAAAUUGAUGAUUUGUUUCUUCAAACAUUUAAAGAAGAUGUUGGCCAAGAGUUCAAUUCAUCUAGUGAAGCAAAACGAAAUCGAUAUGCGGAAAGCAUAAUUAAACGAAUUCGAGAAUCUGUUAGCUCAGGCACUAAUGGAAUAAAAUUAUAUUUAACAUUUAGUUCUUGUGAUACAGACGGCCUUAAUGAAAAUCUAUCGAAAGAACCUUAUGGAAAAUUUGAUCUUGAAAAAUUAAUUGAUGAUAUCAAAAAUUUACCUCACAAUUUUCAUGCAAACCGUCUGCAAAAAAUGUGUGUGACUGCAACUGCUAAAAUUAUUAAUAACUGCUUUCGUCGUAGUUAUGUUGUCAGUGUUAUGAAAUAUAAAAUAUAUGCUGGAGUAGCUGCUGUCGUACCAUUUGCUGAUUUAAUACCAAGAUAUUUAGGACGCGAAGCAAUUCGUCAGGCCUUUGGAGUCAACUGCCGUUCACGUUUCAUCGUUUGGUGGACAGCGUUCAAAAACACAUUUCAAUUACGAAGUCCUGCAAUUAAAACUAACAUCAACGCUGGAACAUCAAUUGUCAGUAGAUCUGCAGCAGCUGUUGGCAUUGCUGGUGUUGCCAUUUCGGAUGAUGUUCUUAGACUCAGUGGAGUGGGUGUAAUUAAUGCUGUUCGUGGUUUAUCUAUUUCUUUCAUUGUUGUCGGCGUAGCUCUUACAGAGGCUAUGUGUGCCUGGUCAGCGGUAUCUAAUGGCAAACAAAUGUAUAAUUAUUUAAAUCGACUAUGUGACGAUAUUAUACUUAUUAGUGAACCCCUAGCACUGAAAAUUUUGAACGGUAACGAUGACAUAUGUGAAAGCUUUCUAAUUGUAAAUGAAUAA